AAAAAACUUCAGGAAGGCAUGUACAUGUAUAGAACCUUCAUUUGACACCCAUCAGCUGAAGUCGCCAGUCAUCUCUACCCGAGUCACCAGGGAGAGAGACUCAUCGGUUGCUUGCCGCCUUGAACCAUGGCCAAGCCUACCAAACACGCUGCCAAGCAAGUCACCAUGUCCGUCGCAGAAAACGGCCCAACUUUUGAUGAAAAAGCACUGCUCGCCUUGACCGCAAAAAUCGAGAAGAGCUUUGAAACGAGCAAGGCACCGCAGCAAACACCGGACAGUCGAAGGCAGACACAGAAGAAGACGAAGGGUGGACUUGUUGACACGAAGAAAGUGCAAGAGCCCAGUAGGGGAAGCAAAAGAGAUGCCCGGGGAAACAGAAAAACAUCCGGUGGAGGUAGCACGGAAAGGAGCCGUUCAACGCACCAGCAGAGUGGAAAUGUCCCGGAUGAGAAGGCAAUUUUAUUGCAGGAAAUACUGGCAUUGGGAGGGACCGAAGAAGACCUGGAUCUCGUUGCAGAUGUCAUCUCGGACGACGAGGAUUUGGAUGCGGAGAGCUCAACUCCUCCAGAUAAGUCAUUUCGGAACGACCUCGAAAAGUUUGUUACUGGUCUGGGUAUCGACGGGAAAGUCGAUGGAAAUGCGAGCGAACCUGACACAGAGGAACAUGAGCUUGAAGAUGAAUGGGAGGAGGCUUCCGCCUCUGAGUCUCCCAGCGAAUCUGCCGUUGUAGUGGAGGACGCUUCUUCCACCAGCAAGACCGUCGCAAAAUCUGUGCCCGAUACCAAAACUUCAGAGCCUUCGUCUUCAAAAGACUCGAACCGCCGCCUAAUGUUUGAAGCUCGUCCAGACUGGCAUGCCGCGCCACUCUCCAAUCUUCCCAGUCCAAAAUCUAAGGAUGUCGCCCAGUUUCAUGGUGCUAUUACGAACUUGAGAGACCACGCUAUGUCCCUGCUAGAAGCUGACAGUAAUCUUUACGCUUCGAAGCACCUUUCAUCAUCUUCUUCCCACCGAUUCCUUUCCACCAUUAUGUCCUCGGGUACUCUAUCAGACAAGGUCUCGGCUCUCACAUUGGUCGUCCAAGAAUCCCCUGUACACACUACAAAAUCCUUCGAAAGUCUGCUAGCAUUGGCAAAGAAGAGAAGCAGAGGCCAAGCAGUGACUGCCUUAGGAGCUCUAAAAGAUCUACUGGGCGUUGGAGUAGUCUUGCCGGCCGAUAGACGGCUACGGUCUUUCGCGACGCAACCUGGGCUGCUAGGCACAUUGCAGGAAAAUUCAAUUUCGAAUUGGAGGUCCGGACAGAAAUUGCCUGGCCAAAUCACCAACGCCCAUCUAAUCUCAUGGGCGUACGAAGACUGGCUGAAGGAGUCAUAUUUUGAGAUGCUGAAAGUCCUUGAAGGGUGGUGUAACGACGAAGUCGAGUAUGCUCGGUCCAGAGCCGUCACCUAUGUCUAUGAGCUCUUAAGAGAAAAGCCAGAACAGGAGUCCAAUUUGCUUCGGCUCUUAGUCAACAAACUUGGAGACCCCGAUAAAAAGAUAGCCUCGCGGACAUCAUACCUCUUACUACAGUUACAGACGUCACACCCUCUAAUGAAGCCGAUAAUUAUUCGUUCAAUAGAGACAGAGCUUCUUUUACGUCCCGGCCAAAGCUCACAUGCGAAGUAUUAUGCUAUUAAUACAUUGAAUCAAACCAUUUUGAGUGGCAAAGAAGAAGACAUUGCGAGAAAGCUCCUAGACAUAUAUUUUGAUCUAUUUGUGUCACUCCUGAAGAAGCCAAAUCUCCAGAAGGAAGUGACUGGGCCGGCCGUCAAUCGGAAAGGACAGAUCCAAGGAGGGGGUGGCGCAAUGGGAAAGAAGGCUAAAGCCAAAGCAAGCAAAGAGGAAGAGGCGAAGCAAGCCAGCGAGGAGACGACGGAGAAGAUGAUUUCAGCUGUUUUGACUGGUGUUAACCGUGCAUUUCCCUUCUCACAGAGUGAUGAUCCUACUCUCGAGAAGCAUAUGGAUACUUUGUUCAGAAUCACCCAUUCGUCGAAUUUCAACACCAGCGUCCAAGCAUUGAUGUUGAUAGAGCAACUAGCUACGACGAAGCAUCUCGCAGUCGACCGGUUUUAUAGGACCCUGUACGAAUCACUACUUGACCCACGUCUGAUCACGUCUUCGAAACACACGUUAUAUCUCAAUCUUCUGUUCCGGGCACUGAGAUCUGACCUCAACGCUAAACGCGUGAAAGCUUUCGCCAAGAGGAUUCUACAAGUCAUCACACUCCAUCAACCUCCCUUCAUCUGUGGUGCUCUCUAUCUGCUAAGGGAACUCGAGGGGACAUUCCCAGGAUUGAAGUCCCUUCUCAAUGACCCGGAAGAUGAUGGUCAAGAGGAUGUUGAGUUCUUUCGUGACGUGCCCGAAGAUGCAGCUCUUGAAGCCCAGGUGCAAGACAGUAACAAGAUCUCCCCCCCCAACAACAUUUCGAAGCUUGCCUCCCAGUCUUAUGAUGGACGAAAGAGGGAUCCCGAAUAUAGUAAUGCUGAUAAGAGUUGCUUGUGGGAGAUAAUUCCUUUUCUGGUUCAUUUCCAUCCCUCGGUAUCUGUGUUUGCCUCCCGCCUCCUUAAUGAUGAGACUAUGCCACCGAAGCCCGACUUAGCUUCCCACACCCUUACACAUUUCCUUGACAGAUUUGUAUACCGUAAUGCAAAGACAGCAACGGCAGGACCGCGGGGUGGUUCUAUCAUGCAGCCGCUUUCUGGUGGGGAUAGUCGUGGGGUCCUCCUAUCUAGUCGGGCGACGCAGCAAAAACAAGAACCUGUAAACUCAGAAGCAUUCUGGCGCAAGAAGGCAGAGGACAUCUCCGUUGAUGAAGUUUUCUUCCACAAAUACUUCAGCCAUAUUGGUAAAGGGAAACAAGUUUCAAAUGAAAAGAAGGCUUCAUCAAAAUCUGCCGCGGGUUCCGAUAAUGGGGACGAAGAGAACGAGGAUGAAAUUUGGCAGGCACUCGUGGAUUCGAGACCAGAAGUCGAAGGUGAAAGUGAUGAUGGCUCUGAUCUUGAUAUGCUGGAUCUUGAGGAUUCCGACGCUCCAUCUUCUAUUAGCGACGUAGAGUCUGAUGCGGAAGACCUGGAACUUGCGGGCUCCGAAGACUCUGAAGCCGGGAACCUGGAUCUGUUCGACGAGGAGAACGUUUCCUUGGAUGGUCAAGGUGAUGCGGCGUCGGAUAUCGAUGAACUCUUCGAGAAAGAAUUGCAGGUGGGACACGGUUCCAGUGAGAAGGCAGAGGAAAGCAGUCGGCAAAAGAGGAGGAAGCUGAAGAAUCUUCCUACGUUUGCCUCUGCCGAAGACUACGCAGAGAUGCUGGAUAAUGAGGAGGAUGAAGAUUUGUAGAUGAGAAGAGAGAACACCGAUGGCAUUGCAGAUACGAGAUCAAUGAAGGUUCUCCAUUGGCCGCUAGAAGUCCUGUCACACCGUCCUUCAUCUCCAACAGAGAAGUGAGAAGUAAGUGCCUGUAUGCAUAGAUCUAUAUAACCUACCUAUGUAACCACCUGCCU